GAGCGUGGAAGGGCUGGGCUGAGGCUGCGGCCGCUCCUCGCCCUCCCUCUCCGGAGCGGGCGGAGCCCGCACUUCCGCGGGGCGGGGUCUGCCCAGUGCUGACGUUGGCAGCCGAACCCGGAGUAGUUCGAGGCUGCCGGCUGCGCGGUCCGGUUGUUGGGCUCUUGCUUCUCGGCCCCGCGGCCCGCUCUCCCCCGGCGCGCCGCCCCUCGGAAGCUCAGACCGCUGUGGUUGGCGGCUGCCGGCCCUCCGGUGCGCCAGCGCUCGUAAUCCAGGCCCAGUGGCCGUCGGUAGCGUAGGCACCGCGAGCCGAGCCUCCCGGCGGCCCGGGAGCGGCGAAAGAGCGAGUCCGAGAGGUUCCUGCGGGCAGGUGGCGCCGCGAAGAUGGUCGCCAAGCAGAGGAUCCGUAUGGCCAAUGAGAAGCACAGCAAGAACAUCACUCAGCGCGGCAACGUCGCCAAGACCUCGAGAAAUGCCCCCGAAGAGAAAGCGUCGGUAGGACCCUGGUUAUUGGCCCUCUUCAUUUUUGUUGUUUGUGGCUCUGCAAUUUUCCAGAUUAUUCAAAGUAUCAGGAUGGGCAUGUGAAGUGACUGACCUUAAGAUGUUUCCAUUCUCCUGUGAAUUUUAGCUUGAACUCAUUCCUGAUGUUCGAUGCCCUAGUUAAAAACAAUUCAGUAAAUCAUCCUGCCUCAGAAAUGACGUUUUCAUAUCAUCCUUCAUGUGGCAUUCCAAGGUUUCCUCAAGAAUCAUUCCAGGUUUUCUAGUCCAUACCACAGUGCCUUGCAAAAGCACCACAUGAAUAAAGCAAUAAAAUUUGAUUAUUAAGUUCCAAUAGUAGACUGUACUUAUUCAGUACAGAAUGGGUUUUAUUGUGGUUAUUAAAACUUAUGGCUAAUUAGAUUAAAUCUGUGUAGACAGGGUAUAGAUUUUGUUAACCCUAAUGUGUAAAUGCAAUUAGCUUAAUUUAAAUUUUGGAAUCUUAAGGUUUUAUAUAGCUAGGCACUUUAUUACUCUUGAAUUGAAAGCACACUCCAUUAUAGGGUUAUGUGACUAUCCUAUAAUAAGGUGCUUAUAAAUGAACUAUUCAGCCUAGUUUUACCACAAUCAUUGUCACCUAAAAUUUUUUAAAAGCUUCAAGGGCAUAAUAUAAGUUGAGAUGCUUACAGCUGCAUCUGUUUUAACGAUAAUGUUUCUGUUACACAGCCUUGAAUUUUGCAUGAGUAAGUAUAGUCACCUAAGAUCCCAUUUGAAACUCAGUUGAACAUUUUAUAACUUAAUCAGUGAUUGCAGUUUCAGUAAAAGCUAUCAUGGUGGAUUGAAAUUAGGGAAGGUUUGCUUAUGUUAUACUGAUUUCACCAGAAUUAACUUAUCAAAGGGCUUUCUGUGCUAGACAAAACUUAAGGGGGAAAGACUAUAAGAAAUAAAUGCCUCAUCAGAACACGUUGAGUCCAGUGUGCCAUAAGAUAUUAGCAUGUUAAUUGCACUUUUAAUCACCAAAAGGCACAUCAACUGAAAAGUUAUGAUUGGAAUGCCCCUAGGGUACUGAGUAGGUCAAUCUAAAGUAGCAUUCAGAAUUAAGUGAAUUUACUGAUACGGAUCAGUCUAGUCUUCCUUUGUAUGACUUUGUAGGUUGUGAUUGAUCAAACUUCUUUUUACUAAUAGUAAGAGUGAGAGUGAUGAGGCAGGUUGGGGCUUUCUGGUACUGUCAAAAACUACAAGUCCUGACUAUGUAUGUACUUAGCCAGAACUUGGUGCAGAAGCCGAGCAAUGUCUGUGUAUGAACUGGAAGACGCCUGCUUGUGUUUGCUUUGUUAAUUGCCUCACUCCUGAGGCGAUUUCUUGAAAUAACCUGUUUUCAAAGGAACAGAAGGGAAAUUUGCUACCUUGUUCUGUAAGCAGUGUAAACCUCACAGGGGACUUUGUCUCCCCUCAGAUGUGGAGGAGAGUGAAGGAAAGGUGGUUAGGGAUGUACAGGAACUUAAGUGUAUUGGAACAGGAAAGAAAGUUGGCUGUGGGUCUGCAGGGUCAUCACUGAUGCUUAACUGCCUCUUCACCCAUAAGUGAAUCCCUGCACUUGAUUCUCCCUCUGAAGCAAGUCUUGGUUAACUAAUUCUAUUUUAUUAUAACUUUAAAAGUGAAAGAUAUUCUCUAAAUUUAUAGCAGGUGCCUUAUUUCCUUUGAAUCAAAUCAUUCCAUACCAGAAUUUCCCUCGCUUUACUAUAGAUAAUUGGCUUUAAGGUAUUUUUGUUUUUAAACAUACAAUAUUUUAAUUAAUUUGUUAAAUUGCUAUAGCAAUCAUUUCACAUUUGUAAAAUUACAUUCCCUUUGUAUCUCAUGUAAUUUACCUAUUGAGUGCAUUUUAUAUUCAGGUUGGAUUAUGCAUGUUUGGGUCAAUGAAAGCUGUGUCUGUUUGAUUUAUGGUUUAAAAAUAAAGUUCCCUGGAUAUUUGA